CAGACAGGAAGUUUUCAUUACUUUUCAUAUGAGUGACGAAGAGCACUAGUGACUCAUUGUUUUAAUCUGUCGCAUCCAUAUUGACUAACGUCACAAUGGCGCACCAGGCGAAAAGAUCGAGGUAUGAUGUCCUCGCGGCAGCAACUGCCCAGUUUUACAACACUACUGGUACAGUCCCAGCAAGCCUUCAGUUAGCGACAGAUAUUUCUUACUUGGUCACCAACCAGCCAAGCUGCACCAUUGUUGUUGCGGAUAUUCCGGAGGGUUGUACGGAGAGAGAUUUGAUUGGACUCUUUAGCAGAUUUGGCCAAAUCAAGAAUGCAAAGUUGGUCUGCAGUGGUCGAGCAGCUCUUGUUGAGUUUUGUGAGAUCUCGCCUCCUACUCGACUUGUCCAUAUGGCGAAGAUUAAUCCUUUCUGCGUUGGUCCAAAUCGUGUUAGACUGGAAUUCUCAUCUGAAGUUAUAACUUCUGUUGACCGUAAACAUCCACAUCAAUCGCAAUCUUCAACCAUAGACAAUAGUAGUCCUACUCGUAUUCUACACUUGGAUAUCGCAAAUGCUGAGUACCCCAUAACAGUUGAUGUAAUCAAAGCGAUUUGUUCCCCUCAUGGAAACAUACUACGUACUUUUAUUGGGAAAAAGAACCUCGAUCGUUCACUGGAAGCUUUAGUUGAAUUUGAGAAUGUGGAAGAAGCCCGAGCUGCAAAAGAGCAACUCGAUGGUGCUGACAUAUAUUCUGGCUGUUGUAACCUAACAGUUGGAUAUUCGAGAUUACAGCGUGUGCAUGUAACUCAAAAUGAUAGCGAGUCUUGGGACUUCACUGGUCCAAGCGGCAAUGUCGAAGGACCUCUUAAUAAUUCGUCGACUCAGCGUACGUUACUCGGCCCAGCGGCUCCAGUUGGUGGGUUAACUCCAGCUCCAUCAAUUUUGCCACCACCUGUGCCUGCUGCUCCACUCCCAGUAUAUCCUGCCCAGCCAUAUCAGCAACCCCAGCCACCUAUGGGUUAUUAUGGGAUGGGUCCGUACGCUUCUCCGAUGUGUGCUGUUCCGCCUGGCGCCCAAUUCGCUGCUCCAGCAUAUCCUGGGUACUGGCCAGCAGCAAUGAUUCCACCUACCGGUGUCCAACCUAUGCGACCACCUAAUGACACUGGCUUCACAACCCCAUCAAGAAUUGUUAUACUUCCUACUCCACCUCCUGUGCAUCAGGUAAACACUAAUGGUGUUGGGAUAGGCCAUUCAACGUCGAAUCUGUCUAUUUCAACUCCAGCAACUCGUCAAUCAGAUCUUUCAGUCUUUGAGGUUAUUGAGGGUGUAGUGUUAAUGGUUAGCAACAUACCGCAGCGUAUGAAUUGUGAUCAUUUAUUCAACCUCUUAUGCUUGUAUGGUAAUGUAGCACGGAUCAAGUUUUUAAAGACUCGUCCUGGUUACGCCCUAGUUCAGGUCGGGAAUCCAGAGGCAGCAGAUCUUAUACAUCGAUACUUUAACGGAGUGUGCGUUUUUGGGAAGAAUCUACAACUUCAUCAUAGUAAGAUCACAGAGCUAAAGGAGCAUGAGAAUCUGGGGACCUUAUCGGACGGAUCACCGGUUAUGAAGAAUUAUAUGAUGGAUCCAAACAAUCGAUUCAGAAAUUCAAUGGUGGCAGCAAAAAGUCGGAUUUUGGAACCUUCUCGUACACUUCAUUUCUUCAAUGCUCCACUUAACUCUACACCAGAGGAUAUUUGUAGAAUAUUCACGGAUAGUGGUGCAGUGGCACCACCACGUGUAGUGAUAUUCACGACUAAAGAAGGCCAGAAGACUUCUCUUGGAUUAGUCGAAUGGGAUACUUUAACCGAAGCACUGGAGGCCUUAAUUCUAGCCAAUCAUCGACCAAUUCAUUUAUCUGGAUUCACUCAUCCUUUUCAUUUGAAAAUUGCCUUCAGUCCAAAGCCUAUAUCAGAGGACAGAGCUGGUGUCUCCUUAAUACGUUAUCCUGCACCUCCUCUGACGUCUACUCAACGUCAUUAUAAUUCAUUGUCCGCUAACGGUCAACGAACUGUAGAGAAGUCGAAUAGUGUUAAUAAUAAUGACGAACCAGAAGAUGAAUUGGAAAUUCUUUCGAAGAUAGAGAAAGCUGAAGGCUGUGAGAACUCUGAAUCGAAAACGGCUUCAGAUGCCGCAAAGUCCGGUUCAACUAAAUCAUCGAAAGAUGAAGAGUCUAAGGCUGCGUCGAAAGUCACAGAGAAUGGAGAUAAGGCAUGAUAGAUAUAUAGCUAAUAUCUAUAUAUAUAUUCGGUUUAUAUUUUGUCUAAGAAAAAUGACUUUUUCAUUUUAGUUAGCUUAUAAUAUCUUUCCCAUCCUCCCUCAGCAAUGUUUAUUAUUGUUGUUAUUAGUAUGAUUAUCAUAUACGAGUUAAUAAUCAUCGUUCAGUUUAUUUCCACCUCAUGCCUAACUUAUGCAUCAUGUGUGUGUAUAGGGAUUUAUUGUUUCUCGGUUGCAUAGAACUCGUGUUUACGAAGGUUGUAAUGUUGUGUGCUCUAAUAAUUCUUAAAAAGGUUCUAACUGACUAGUUAGUAAAUCUUGUUUUAUUAUUUCUAUAGGGGUGAGUGUAUUAUAAUAUGCCUACUGCCUUUAUUUUAACACUUAUUUAAUUACUAUCUUUGCUCAAUGAUAAAACAGGUUUCACACAAAGUCUCGGGUUCAUGUGAAUCAUGUCUCUUAAUCAUCAUUCAUAGUUAUUCAUUAAUCAUUCAUGUUUUCUGAUGUAUUAAUAUUAUUAUUAUUAUCGUUACUAAAUUUCUACUAUCUAACACCUUUAAUGUGUUCGUUUAUACAGUAACAAUAAUCAUUAUUAUAAUUCAUGUUUAUAUGUGGUUCUAAUAGUUUCAUUGACGUAAAAUAUAUAUUUUUGAAUAAAAAAGUCAAUUUAUUCUAUAAUGAGAGCAUACUAUAUAAAUUAUAUCACCAUGUAAAACCUGAUAGGCGUCUUUCUGUUACUAUGCCCACCCAACCCCCAACAUCCUGCAGCAUUUUAUUUUCAAUAUUUUAUUCCUUUGCGUUCCAAGUGGAACAUAGGACUUCAAGUUUGAUCUUUAAAGUUUCAAUCAGUAGCAGUGGUGUUAUUCUGUUUUUAACGGAAUAUUGAAGUAACACUAGCCUCACGCUAGUCCAACCUUCCCCCUUUACCUGACUUGGUACCGAUUAAACAGCGAGGUUAAGGAGCGCCUUGUCGGCCAGGGUUCAAGACCCGAGCCACUUGGGGCGUUGUUGGCAAAUACUCUAUCGUUGAACCGCCGACGCACAUCCUGUAGGAAAUUUUCACAUGAAUUUUAUUUUCUUAAUGUUCAGACCUGGUAUAUGUAGGCAAAUCAUCAAAUGUAGCUUUCUAGGUAGUUAUCAUGUGUAUAAUUUAAGUGUGAUUGUUUGUACUUGAUGUGAUGAUUGAUAUUAGUUCCGUCUAAUAAAUUGAUGUAAUCAGGUGGUGAUGACGCCCUGUGCGGCCUCACCUUUACAUUCACACAACAAAGUCAGUUUAACACACUUAGAUUUUUUAAAUUAUGGAUUCUGUGAUAAGUGUAUACGUAUAUUGCUUUAAAACUUUUGAUACUUGUCUUUUCUUCACAGUGUAAUUUCUUUUUUUUGUGAUAUUCUCUGAAAAAUAUUUGAACCGUGAAUUUUGUAUU